AUGUGGAUAGUUGGUAAUGCCAAGUUUGUGAAUUUUUGUGGACAACCAGGCACCCAACUUGAUGUAGACCAGUCAUUAUAUGGAAAACCCAAUGCCCUCCUGAAAUGGAUUCUUCGCUUCAUAAAGUUUGCUCUGUUUGGAUCCUUUGAUGCUCAGAGUGAGGCUAUUCACAGGAUAUGGGUAGAUAAAACUAUCAUUCAGCUGCAGUGGAAGAAUUUUAUCGAUACACUCACCAGUGAAUGGAAUGGAUACACAAUAUAUUCCACAGUGAUGCUUGCUGUUGACAUCAGCUUCCUUGCAGUCCAAUCUGUCCAGACUCAAAUGUCAGCAACUCUUCUAGCAUAUCUGUCUACUCUCUGCAUCUUGGGCUUGUUAGUGGUCUCAUUGGUCUUGGCUGGACAAGUUAAUGACAGCCGGCAAUGCUCUGCUAAAGAUGUGGCCUCUUUCAUGGAAGGAAUGUCACGUUCUAUGCUUGGCCUUGAGAGCCUUGCCCUCAUGCUGAGUUUACCAUUUGCACUUCUGAUUUGGGUGUACAUUACUUGUUACAUUACAUGGGUCGGUGGCUCAUUAUUCGACAGAAUGGUGUUCUUUGCUGCAGGAUUGUCUGUCCUGAUUUUCCACACUGCUGAUGUUGUCAUCAUCUCAAUUGCAUCUCCAGUGUGGUUUGCCAUAUUGUGCCUAGUGACGUGGCUUGUACUAGCAGCCAAUGACAUUCACAUUUCUCACCUGAGGCCUUGGGCUGUCGAACGAUUGUUUCAGCUUAUCCAGACCUAA